AUGCUUUUUGUGAGCCCUGAUCGACGUCGUGUUCUUGGAAAGUCGACGCGCGUGCAAGACAGACAUGGAGUGAUCUGGUGCAUUCGCUACGAUUCAAGGGAGUGUGUGUGUGUGUCUUCCGACACCAUGACGAUUGUUCCUAUUAUUCCAGAGGCGGAGGAUGCCAUCAUCCGCACCAAAGAGUUCGAGUGCGGCUCAGUCGCGUCAGUGGCCGCGUCGCAGACUGUGCCGGACUGCUUUUUUGUAGCCCACGGGGAAAGUCGUAAUCUGACGGUUGUGCAUGGAGGCCCUGGCUGCACUCUCCAUCAGGACACGCUCGCGAUAUUGUCAGAGGAGCUGGACCGACCCUCGGACGUAGCGCGAGUGAUGCCGACGCUUUAUGCGCAUGGGUGCAGCGGUGUGUGCUUGCUUGCCGUAGUCUAUCCGGACGCUGUGUCGUUUACUGCAUGGGAGGGUCACUUGCUGGUGUCCACCGCAGCGGUGAAGAAUGAGCUCACUACCUCCUUUGGUCCUGCUUUUUGGAAAGGCACGGCAGAUGGUGCCCGGCUGUGCGUUGUGCGAUCCGACUCUCGAUGCCUGAUGUAUGAUGUGGUGAUGAGCAAACGCUUUCCUGGUGUGGAGGAAAUUGUAGUGGCUCAGCAAGUGACACUGCCUAGUCAUGUGGCCUGUCUGAUGGGUGGGGUGAAGAGCGGUGUCUUCCUGUGCUGGCGCAGCGGCACCUCACUCGCGCGCUACACCGCUCUACUGCAAUCCCGCGCGGAAGAGGACAAGUUUGAGCCUAUCGAGGUGUACAGUGCUGCCCGCCCCUCGCUUGCCUCGUCCUCCGUGCUACUGCUCGAGGUAGUUCCAAUUUACAGCAGCUACGGCGUUGUAUGCUUGCUCAGCACGGGAGAGUGCCACCUUUCGUUGUACAACAAUCCUGGUACGGUGCUGCUCGCAGUCGAGGAGCACCCCUAUGAUGCAACGAGCUGUCUUGCGUUCGAGGGCGGCGCAGGCAGAUACGCUUGUGUGCUUGGGUUCAACGAAGGCGACAUAAGAGUGUUUGUUGGCGGCCAAAUACGGGCAAACGUUCGUGUUGCACACUGUGGUGCCGCGGACCGGCUACUAAAGCUCCCGAAAAUGCAUGAAACGGACGACACGUUCGUGAGUAUAUCCACUGAAAUGGGUACCGUGUGCUGCCACGCGGGCGAGAACGCUGCGGUGUCGCGGACCAUGUGCUCCCCAUCGAGGCCGCUUACCGCUUGCCUGCUUAACCGCAAGUUAGAGUACAUGUUUCUCUUCUCAGGGGAUACCGGCAACCUCUGGCACCUCCCCACGUGUCGUCUCGAGCGGACGUUUCGGUCGUCUCCUGGGUCACCGUAUCGGCGUCUGGACAACCUCCUUGAGCACCACUGGGCAUCCGCGCUGAGUAUCAUCAGGUACCGGUUUGUAGGAAGGGAACAUUACGCCAUCCGUAUCGAUGUCGACUCCCUUCUCAGCGGCCUCGGUGUAGGAGAGCAGCCCGUGAAGCGAUCGUCGCUGGAGUAUAGCUCGGCAUUGAGGCUGAUGCUCGGGUGCCUCGGCGAGAGCUGUCCUCCUUCACUUCCCCGAGAGGAUGCUCUUUGCGAGGCGUUGGAUGACUUGGGCUUAGUCGUGACUGGAGUGCAGACCCACGAGUGUGUUUGGUGCGCGAUCCUGCUGCUUUGCGAACUUCUAAGCCGCACGUUGGACGGAGCAUGCGCGGCUGCCAUCUACUCCACAAUAGAGUCGCUUGGGGACAAGCUUACCUCCAGUCCGGCUCCAGAUCCAUACCGACAGGCCGACGCCGUGCAGCAUUUUUUAUCGCGCUUCUAUACCCUGCGACGAUCAACACCUCCGGCAUUCCGCUAUGCGCUUCGGCUGAUGGCAACGAAGAUGUCUGUGGGCAGCCUCGCCGAUGUCGUGAAGUUACUGCGGUCACGCGUGUUGCCCGCGCAAUCGCGCGAAGCUGCUGGAGACGAAGCACCUGCUGUGCCGCCGCUGAUUGAGAGUGGAAGCGCAUUUGCUGCCCUGCUGGUUCUGUUGAACUUGGCCUCUCAGCGCGCCGACUACAGCCUCCAAGCAGAAACGCCGCUUUUCAGCCUGCUACGCCAGAGCACUGUAGAGGCUCAGCGCGCCGUCACGGCUGCGCUGGAGGACGAUCACACGCUUUCUCACCGGUCGGCAGCACUGCUCGGGUUGGUGGAGAGCCAUGCCACUCUGUGUGUCUUGGGUGAUAAGGACACCUUUCAGACUUUGGUGAAGGCCCUUGUGAGGAAGGCCUUUGGUGGGGGUGGCGAGGAAGCCAAGCAGAAGUCGCUGGAGGCGCUGGAGCGGCUGGUGGCGCAGGAUCCGCAGGGCUUUCUCUCUACCUACAUCGUAACACACUUUCACCUUUACGCAGAGUACCGGCCGUACAUUAUUGUCUUUCUUGCGCACUUCGUUAAAAACUUCCCAUACGAAGCCUACACCGUGUUUAGCACAAUCGCGGACAUAUUUGUGAGCGGCCUGAGCGACCUUUCUUCCGCCAGCAAGGACGCUGCCUCCAUCUAUCAUACCGCUGUGUCGCAGUUGCUGCGCGUCACGACGGCGUCGCUCCCCAGCGUAUCGCUACAGCAGAGGCUGCGGCACCUCGCGGUGGGCCGAAGCGAUGGCAAGGUGGUGGUGUACAGCGUGAAGGCAGCAUCGAUCGUAACUGCCUUCCAGGCCCACUCUGCGCCGGUUUUGGGGGUUGCCUACAGUGGCAACACAUCAACUCUUGAUAUCGCCACCAUCGCCGAGACUAUGGACGAGAUCAAGGUGUGGCGGUCGCCAAAUCAGUCGUCGUCCCUCGCCAGCUUCUUCAGCGGCAGCGGCGGCGCGAGCUUCAAGCUGGUUACUGCCGUGCCUGUGCCAUCGAUGGGCCUGCGUGGAGAGAGCGUAUCGCUCCUCAUCAAGUACUUUCAGCUCAACUGGCUGUCUCCGCAGUGUGUCGAGUUCUCUUCUCCGUGGCACGGUAAGGUGCAAGUGGCGCUUCCGUGA